AUGUCUAGGAAACAACGUACCUCCACUACAGAGGCCCCAGACUGUGCCCCCUCGGCACAGUCUCUCAAAGCACACAGCCUAGACGGUAAUUCAAGAAACUUAGAGUCAGAGUCUUUUGAAAUGGCCAGUGCUCCUUCAGGAGCACUAGCUUCUAAAGCAGAUUCUUUUGAGAUGGCCAGUGCUCCUGAAGGAGCACUAGCUUCUAAAGCAGAGUCGUUUGAGAUGGCCAGUGCUCCUGAAGGAGCACUGGCUAAUGGAGCACAGAUGGAUGUCAAUACAUAUGCAGAAAAGAUGGUCAGGGCACAGGCCACUCAGCAAAGGUCGCUCGUGUUGAAGAUAAAGAGGAAAGAGAGAGAGAAAAAGAGGGAGGAGAGACACCCUCCUAGGCAGACCAAGAGCGAGACGGACCUUAAUGUAGACUCGCAUGUGACUGCUAGCCCAAGAGCCUUUGACGAUCUUAAAACAUAUAAAAUGGGGGAAAUGGGAAUAAACAAAAAGGUAGGAAGCAACGGGGUAGGAAGCAACGGGGUAGGAAGUAUAGGUGUUGGGUUAGAGCAGGGGGGUAUUGGUGCUGGGGGUGUUACUGUUGGGUUACAGCAGGGGGGUAUAGGUGCUGGGGGUGUUAGUGUGCUGGGUGUUUCGUCCUAUUACUCCCGAGAAACCACCUCAUUUCAGUCAUUUCGUCGAUCUGGCGCUCGCACCAGGCCGUCUACUGGACAUGCAGAAUGCGCAUCCUUGUCAUCAGUGCAAACGCAGGCCUCGUGGAGACUAUCGACGGCGUCUCCAUCCAUGCCAUCAAGAAGAAAACUUCUCUUACAAACUACUACACCCACCUCCCCGCCAAAAGCAAACACAACUUCGCAGUCAGCUUGGCCUCUUACUCCAUCAUCUGCUACAUCCUCCAGAUCAAAGACAGACACAAUGGCAAUAUCUUGA